GGAGGACCCAGAGCCUCCACAGAUUAAAGAGGAAGAGGAGGAACUCUGCACCAGUCAGGAGGGAGAGCAGCUUGUACUGAAGCAGGAGACUGAUACCUUUAUGUUGACUCCUACUAAUGAGGAAAGUGACCACCAGCUCCUCUCUCACAACUCUCCUGUAGCUGAGAGCCAAGAUCAGGAAGGAAGCGAGCAUGUAGACCCAGAAUCAAAGAGUCAGUGUAACACUCAGACGGAUAAAAAGUCUUUAAAGUGUCAUACUUGUGGAAAAGCAUUUAAGUAUGAGUCCAAAUUGAAUGUACAUCUGAGAAGCCACACAGGUGAAAGGCCAUACCUUUGCAACACAUGUGGGAAAAGAUUCAGUCAGACGUCAGCAUUGAAAAAUCAUGUCAGAAUCCACACAGGUGAGAAGCCGUAUUCUUGCGAAACAUGUGGGAAAGGGUUCAGAACUAGUACAAGCUUGCUGCUCCACAUGAGAACCCACACAGGUGAGAAGCCGUAUGUUUGCAACACCUGUGGGAAAGGUUUCAGAUGCAGCAGUGACUUGUUAGUCCACAUGAGAACUCACACAGGUGAGAAACCAUAUUCCUGCAACAUCUGUGGGAAAAGAUUCUUUCGGACUUCAUCACUGAAAACUCAUAUAAGAAUUCACACAGGUGAAAAACCAUAUUCAUGUAGCACAUGUGGGAAGAAAUUCAGUCAGAAAUCAUCAAUGAAUGACCAUUUAAAAACCCACACAGAUGAGAAACCAUAUAUUUGUAACACCUGUGGCAAAAAAUUCAGACAGAGCAGCGUCUUUAAACUUCACAUGCGAACCCACACAGACGAGAGACCGUACCUUUGCAAGACCUGUGGGAAAAGAUUCUGUAGCAUGUCUGUAUUAAAAAAUCACAUGAGAAUCCACACAGAUGAGAAGCCAUAUUUUUGGAAAUGUGGGAAGGGCUUCAGAUGUAGCAAUAGCUUGUUAGUCCACAUGACAAUCCACACAGGUGAGAAACUAUAUUUGUAAAGGCAAUCCUGUGAUUUAAACUUGCUUUGAUGCUCCAGGUAUGAUGUGUGCAGUUAGACACGUUCCAAAUUACAAUGAAGGAAAGAAAGGGAUCUAAUUUGUAAAAUAAUAUUUAUUAUGAAAACAAAGUAUGGAUUACAACAGCCCUGAUUAUGAUGUAAUGAAUAAACCAAUAAAAACUGUGGUACAUACUCAAAAAGGCAAUUGCUUGGAUUCUUAAGUCCACAGCCUUUUCCCCAUGUUUCCCUGUUCCCACUCCUUAUCUUGGAGGUUUUCAGAGUUCAGGUGGGCACCAGGUAGUACCAUCUAGUGUUGGUGUAUCACUUUUGUUGAGUCUUUUCUUUUUUUGUCUAGAACAUGUCCUUUCAUUUUAUAUUUUUAUGUAUUUGGGGAAUUUCUGCAACAUUAUAUUUUCAUUAUUUCACGCUAUAGAGUUGACACACCAAGAUGUAGGAGAUCUACAUCUCUUGUAAAUACUAUUAUGUUACAUAAUUCAGUGACCCAAAGUGCAGUUAAGGUGCAGUUAAAGUAUGAUAUGAUACAGUUUGGUAAUAUUGUAAAAAAAUAAAU